AUGGAGCGGUACGCAGGUCGCGUCGCCCUGGUGACGGGCGCCAACUCCGGCAUCGGCGCCGCCACAGCACGGGCGCUGCUCAGGAGGGGGCUCGAGGUCGUCGGCCUCGACAAGAGGAUCGACAGGGUCCAGUUUGUAAAUAACGAGACGAACGAACAUUCAUCGACUAGACAGUGGACCAAGGCAGCUGGACAGACAGCCGAGUGGCGGCACACACUGGACGUCAACGUCCUGGGGCUGUCCGUCUGCACGAGGGAGGCCGUCCAGAGCAUGCUGGACAGGGGGGUCGACGACGGCUUCGUCAUCCACAUAUGCCGUAUAGCAGGUCACAUCAUGCCAUUCGAUCCACUGUACUCGAUGUACUACGCCAGCAAGCAUGCUGUCAAGGCUCUGCUAGAAGGACUGCGGAAGGACCUGGUUGCCAGGAACAGCAAGAUACGGUGUGGGGGUCCAUGGUCGGGAGUGUAUACUCGCAUGUUAGCAUUCAUGGCUCUGUUGCUGCAACUGGAAGACCCGCCUGAUCUCUAG